CCUGUCCAUUGAAAUCCAUGUUGAAUCACUUAUGUUGCAAUGACCUUUGAAUUCUUUGGACAUAAGUGACUGUUGGUUUCCUUGAUGAGCUCGAGAAUAUCAACAUCGUCAAGCAUUCAUCCUCCCAUGGGGAUUGCCUCAUUGGAGUCACAACAGUCAUGGCCAUCUUCAACUCCUUUCAGUCAACCAGAACCAGGAGACUACGAUGAUGACAAUGGAACUGAGCUGCUGUCGGUGUCUUGGAAUCAGGACUAUGGGUGCUUUGCUGUUGGAACAAGCAACGGCUUCCGGAUAUAUAACUGUGAUCCCUUCAAGGAAACCUUUAGGAGAGACUUGAAAAGUGGAGGAUUUGGAAUAGUAGAAAUGCUGUUUCGUUCUAAUAUCCUGGCUCUUGUUGGUGGUGGUGCCAAUAUGCAAUACCCACCAAAUAAAGUUAUGAUCUGGGAUGAUCAUCAGAGCCGUUGUGUUGGUGAAUAUGCAUAUAGAUCUAAUGUCAGAGGUGUGAAAUUAAGACGAGAUCGUAUUGUCAUAGUUCUUGAGCACAAGAUCUACGUGUAUGACUUCACAGACUUGAAGCUUCUUCAUCAAAUAGAAACUCAAUCUAAUCCAAAGGGACUUUGCUGCCUCUCACACCAUUCUAGCACUUCAGUGUUGGCAUGCCCUGGUCUACGUCGGGGAGAGGUCCGUGUUGAACAUUUUGGUUUGAAGAUGACAAAGGUCAUUAGUGCUCAUGAUUCUCAGAUAUCUUGUAUGACCAUGACUUUGGAUGGGUUACUUCUUGCAACUGCAAGCACAAAAGGGACUUUGAUUAGAAUUUUUAACACAAUGGAUGGUACACAACUACAAGAGGUACGGAGAGGAUUAGAUAGGGCUGAGAUAUAUAGCAUUGCUCUCUCUACAAAUGUACAAUGGCUGGUCGUUUCCAGUGAUAAAGGAACUGUCCAUGUGUUCAGACUUCGAGUUAGAGUGGGUGGGGAAGAUGCCUCUUUCCAGCUUCCAGCUGUUCAAGCUCCAGAAAUGGUACAUCAGAACUCUUCUACUCCAGUUGAUGCCCUUAUAUCUCCGAACACUGGAGCCAACAACAACUCAUCAUUAUAUUUUAUGAGAGGUGUCCUGCCAAAGUACUUCAGUUCUGAAUGGUCGUUCGCUCAGUUUCACUUGCCAGAAGUUACACGCUAUAUUGCUGCAUUUGGAUCUCAAAACACUGUCAUGAUUGUUGGCAUGGAUGGCAGCUUCUGUAGGUGCACCUUCGACCCAGUGAAUGGUGGCCAGAUGUUCCAGACGGAAUAUGUCCGGUUUCUGAAAGCCGAUCGCCAUCAGCCACAAUCUGUAACCUCAUGAUCUUGCUAUGUCAUAUGCCCUUAGGGUUUCAUGUAGAUGAUGGUUUCCUCAACCUGUUUAUCUAAAUACAUAUGUUCCUUUUACUCGUAAAAAGCUCAUAAAGUUUAAGCAUCUGGUAAGGACACAUGUAUAGAUACUCUGUUGAAUCCUAAUUCUGAUGUAAAAAAAUUGCUCACUCAUCUGGCUGUGCAGAUAUACUAAUAUGUCCAUCCAUGCUCUACUGAGCAUAUGCUGGAUUUUAUACACCGUAAUUACACACUGUAAUUACUCUCGAUACAGGGCAACUAAAUCUCUCAUGUUACC